GUGAUUCUCUGUAUGAUUGUUCGGUGGGUUUUCGCAUCGUGUUACAACUUUUAUUAUGAAAUUGUCUUACGAAACUGAAUUCUGCUGCAAAAUUUCUGUUUUGUCGCAAAACUUCAAAUGCGUGCUGAAGUGUAGGAAAAUCAAUGAGCUCAUCCAACGUCCUGACGCAUUGCGUUUCCUGUUAUUACCCUUUUGAUUUUGGGACUUGCUAAGUAUUUCGUGAAUUAACUGUUUUUUCUCUCUCUGGUAUCCGCAGAACUAUAUAUGUAUUCAGAACAUUUAUGUAAAACAGGUGAUAUGUCCUCUGUAAAUUGAGUUAGGACGACAAUCUAUAGUCAGUUACCUUUAAUAAGCCUAACAUGGUUACAGCUGUUCAGCCAAUGUUUGGUCUUUUAAAACGACUCCACCUACAUCCAAUGGAAAAUGCUUUAAAUGAAAUAAGUCCACAAACUUCCCUUCUGCAAUCUAUAAAGUUUAAAGCCCAGCCAUUUCUGUUUCGUAAAACCAAAUCUGAAGAAAUACGACGUAGUCACGACAGUAUGGGCCAGAAGAGACCAUCACCUUACUUUUCUAACACGGACCUGAAAACUGCCAAACGUUCCCGCCGUGUUACGAAAUUAACUGAUAAGAUCGUAAAUCCCGUGGAUGUAAACUUUAAACCUAAUUAUGAGAACUCAAGCAUAAAUUAUUCAACUUUAUCUCCUGGGGUAACCCCAUCAAAUCCACCGAUCUUUCCAUCUCCUACUUCAAUCAAUUCCCCCAACUUUUCUGUAUCAAAUGUUUCAUAUUCUUUACGCAUCCCGAACUCUAGCGAAACCCCAGUAAUUUCUCAUCCGAAAUAUCUGUGCCUCCAAAACUCCCCGCACCCAGUUUGCCAGUAUCGAUCCCAAGUUACUCCCGUCGUUAGAACUAAUCCCACAGAGUGCCAGACACGUAUUUCUACACGUAGUACGGAUUCAUUAUUAGAUGAGAAUCAUUUUGUGAUUGAAGAGGAAACACCCGCUACUUCUAUUUGUGCAAAGGACUCCCUCCAUUUAAAUAAAAUAACUGGCCAUCUUAGUGGACAGAAUCUUAAGGAUGUUCGAUACGUGAAUCGCUCACGUAAUACCAGCAGAUUGUCUCCUGUAUCUUCAGUAUCUAAAAGAUAUGGUAAUUCGGACGAUAACAAAUGUGAUGUGAAGUUGAAAAACAAAGAUAAAGUUGUGAUUGUAUACAAGGAACCACCAAAGCGUCGGAAAUCUAUUGAUCAGCUCAUUGAACCUUCGAUUCAUGGAUUACCAGAUCCCGAAAUUUCCACUAAACCUCGUACACGAAAACCAACUCAAUUUUUACAACUUAAUGCACAAACUACUGAGCCUUCGUGUAAUGAUCAAAAGCCUGCCUAUCUCACUACUCAGUCAUAUUAUUAUGUACCAGAUUUUACUAACCGUCAUCUCCGAAGUCCAGAAACUGUCCAAGUUCAUGUGAUAGAGCCGAGAGGUAUACCAAAGAUGUCCAAUUCAGCUGUUCUUAUUGAGGUUCCUAGCUGGCGUGUUAUACCUAUCCCAGGUGUCGAGAUCUAUAUGGAUUGUUCUUGUGGGACAAAACAUUCCAAAUCAUGUCCCAAAAAACACCCAGACAGACGAAAACUAACAGAUACGGAUACUCUUAAAUCAUACCCAGCAUUCCUUGCUCGCCAUUCGCGUUUGGAAAUUGAGGAAGUUCGUCACGAGCGCUUAUCUCGCCAACGUACUGCAGAACAAGAACUAAAGCAACGUUUGGAAGAAAGGGAUCAAGCCAGUUGGCAUAAGAGACAACCUGGUCGUUUGGAUCCACUUCUGAAGUAUAGACCAGCUAGUCGGAUGCCGACUCAACUAAGCUACGCACUCAAGCAAGGACAUCAAUUUCACGUAGAUAACUCUAUACCGGUGGUCGCAUUCGGUUGUCGUGUGCCAAUAGCCUCACUAAAUUUUACAACUAUAACUGGUUGUGUUGUUGCAAUAACUUCUGAUACUAGUUGUGGACAGUUGACUGCAAUCUAUGGUCAUCAAAUAAAAAGAUUGUCGAGAAAUAACUGAUAGCUGCUAACUUAUCAUCCACGGCUGAAUAAAAACGAUUACUUGUGCAAAAUACAACGAGUGAAUGUGUCUGUCGUAUUUGAUGUAGUCCACUUAUAAUCUUGGAUCACUAGUUUCUAUCAUCUAGAGACUCUUCUCCAAAAACCUGCAUUUCCCUAUAAAUAAAAAAUCGUAAAUUGAUCCUAUGAUUAGAUUAAUAUCAACGUUGACAAGAGUUACUGACCAGUCGAAAACUGAUGCAUGGAAUAAAUCAAUUUCUGGAAGUUUUAUAAAGAUUUCAGUGUAAUCUAUACUUCAUGUUU